AUGCAUCUGUUGUCACGGUUCGGCCCACGGGUGUCGACCGCCCUAAUAUUGCUUGCAACGCAAGGAGUGUCCCAGACCGUUCCUGCACCUAAUUUAGACCUCAAUUCUCUCGGGGAGGUCACGCUCGCAGGUGACUUCGACGCCAUCUCGGUUUAUUCGUCGCUUGGACAGCAACAAGGACACAGCAGUAAUGGCACACAGUCAAUAUUGUCACAAUUACCCACCGGCGCGUUUGACUAUCUGUGGUCGACCGAUGCCAGCAUACAGGCUAUGUGUCCGCUUGUGCUGCAGGAUGGCACGAUUUCCGGACUUGUUGUGGGUGGGAAUUUCACAAGCAUUGGAGGUGUCGCAGCACGAUCCUGCGCAAUGUUGAAUGUCACAACACGGCAGAUUGAGGCUCUUUCUGGAUUACAAGGAACCGUUUCGGCACUCUAUUGUGAUCAGGAGACGGAAACGGUCUAUGUGGGAGGUGCCUUUGAGGCGGGAAAUUCCACAAAUGCAAUCGCGUACAAGUCGGGCAGUUGGUCAAGUCUUCCGUUCGCAGGGUUUGAUGCCCCUGUGACUUCUAUCACAAAGGCUCCGAAUGGACACAUCGUUUUUGGUGGCUCCUUUACUGGUCUGGGCAAUGUAACGUCCACCUCUGUGCACAAUGCGCAAACUCAAGUCAUCAACCUUGCCAGCGCCAGUAUCUCAGCACAAGGCAACACUACCAGCGCUGGUCUGGGCGACCCGAGAAAUGUCGUUUGUCCAUCCAACAGUUCAGAUGGAACCUCGACCUUCCUGUUUGCCGACAACACUCCAGGCUCCUGGCGUGCCGAUCUGGCCUUUGGGUUUGAACCUACAAAACUCCGGUUGUGGAACACAAAUCAGGAUGGGCGCGGUACCAAAACAUGGCGGUUCACAGCUCUGCCCAUUGACGGGAUCAUGAACUUGACGUACACCGAUCCCGAAACUGGAGAUACAGCGUAUUGCGAUGCCAGAUGCCCGUUGGCCCAAAACGCAUCCCAGCCAUACCAGGACUUUUACUUUGUCAACCUCGUGGGCAUGAACAGUUUUACCAUUGAUGUGUCAGAAUGGUACGGCGACGGAGCUGGCUUUGACGGCAUCGAGCUUUUUCAAAACGACAUUUUUGCAUAUGCCAUUGAAGCAUUCAACGAACCAACCUGUGAAACGUCCGACGUACGAUCCGAGGCAACUGCUACAGGUCCAUGGUACACGACGCCAUCCAGGCAAAGCGUCUCAGACUAUCUUACUGUCGUUGUUGGUCCCACCACGGUAAACACUACCUCGAUUGUGUUCGAGCCGGACGUGCAGAAAAGUGGGAAUUAUUCGAUCAUCGUCUACACUCCUGGAUGUAUACAAGAUAGCUCUUGCUCGGCACGCGCAAUCGUCAACGUUAGUGGCACACUGACGGAGGGUGGCAAUCAAGCAUUCGACACCCAGCUAUUCCAGACCAACAAUUUCGACAAAUAUGACCAGGUAUAUCAAGGACAUGUCGACGCGGCAAGCUCCUCGUUCCGGCCGUCGGUAACCAUCACCCCGUCCGGACUACAGACCGACCAACUCAUCGUGGCAUCCCGCCUGCGGUUCGGUCUCAUCUCAUCUACUGGAGGUCUCAAUGGCUUGUUCGACUAUAAUCCGAACAGUGACCUGGUCGACAUGGAUUUUUCCCAAUCUGCCAUCAACAAUGCCGGGACGGAGCUUCAUUCAAAUGCGCACGUACUAGCAUUAACAACUCAGGAUGAUACCAUUUACGCGGCGGGCCGCUUCUCUGAUGACACUUUCGAAAACAUCAUGGCGUUCCACAAAAACAAUGCUACUUCUUUGCCUGGUGGCGGUCUCAAUGCACCCGUCAAUGCCCUUUACAGCUUGGAUGAUUUUCUCUACGUUGGAGGGAACUUCACCGAUACCAACCAAGGCGGGGUUGAUGGAUUAAACAAUGUGGCCGCAUAUCAGUUCUCGAAAAAUGCCUGGGUUUCACUUGGCGCUGGACUGGACGGGCCAGUUGAAGCCGUCGUGCCCUUGAAAAUGAACAUCUCUCAGAGUAGCAGCGAAACAGUCGUCGCCUUCAGUGGUUCUUUUACUCAGAUUCAACGGUCUGGUUCUGCUCCCGCCGAGCGAGCAAACGGUUUAGCCAUCUGGGUACCGUCCAAGAACGCGUGGCUUCAGAGCCUCAACAUCCCCAAGGAAGCGUUGGUUGGACAGCUCUAUGCGGCGACAUUCCUACCAAACAACACCUGGCUCGGGGCUGGCACGCUAGGUUCACUCGGAUUAGCAAUGAGCGGCGCGGCUGGUGUGCGCUCUCAGUCAGGACAAGUCGCCCUGCAACAAUUGCCCAUUACCAUCACGCCGAACUCUGUGUCUACUUCUUCAACUUCUUCCAGGAAGCGCGCCGUGACAGCCGCGCAGGACCUGACCGGGGUCAACACUGGAGCGUACUACAGUUCCCACGGACAGAACGUGACGGUAUUUGCAGGUCAUUUUAGCGCGACGGCCACCAACGGGUCAACUAUUGAAAAUCUUAUGUUUUUGAACGGUUCCAACAAUAACCUUGUCAUCGGUGCACCUCCAGGACUGGAUUCGAACUCAACCAUAAAGUCCAUCGCCCUUUCUGGGGAUUUGCUGUUGGCCGGCGGACAGAUUACUGGUCGUGUUGGCGACACGAACAUCAACGGCUUGGUCUUGUACGACAUGAACGCCGCAGAGUUUCGGGCAAUUCAGCCAGCAUCCCUAGAAGGUCCCAACGUCGUGGUCAAUGCUGUUACGCCGCUGUCAGGUACGUCUGCGGUUUACGUUGGCGGCGCUUUCGACCAAACCUCUCAGGGGCUUCCUUGUCCAUGCGUCUGUAUGUAUGACACCGCCACAAGCCAGUGGAACACAGUCGGAACAGAACUUCAAGGUAAUGUGUCGGCAUUAUUCUGGACUUCCAGCUCGACUCUACUCGCUGCAGGAAAUUUGUCUGUUGCCAACAAUCAGACUUUUCUUGCCAAGUACGACACGCACCAUCAGACGUGGACUGCGGUUUCCAAUCCCGGCAUUCCAGGACCUGUGACAGCCUUCUGUCCUGCAACGGACAAUGCAGAUCACAUGUGGGUUGCAGGCACGGCCAACAAUGGCUCAACUUUCCUGCUUGAGAUCGACGGAGACAAUACACGACCGGUUGUAAACGCGUUCAGCACGGGGACAACCAUUCAUGGGUUGCAGAUCAUGCCCCUGUCCAAAGAUCACAAGUCCACUCCACUCUUGGAUGAUGAUCGAGCUUUACUGGUCACCGGUCAACUGAACAUCACCGAUUUCGGCAAUGCCGCCGCAGCACUGUACAAUGGCACCGAUAUGACGCCGUUGAUUCUGGCUUCCACGUUGGAUGGAAAUCCUGGUAGCAUCAGCCAGGUGUUCACAUCUAAAACAAACAACCUCAAGUCAAGUCAUCGUGGCCAUUCCAAAGGCAUCACCGUCCUUGUUGCACUGUGUGCAGCACUGGGAACGGUUUUCCUGAUCAUACUACUCGGCAUCAUCCUGAACCGUAUCCAACGACGACGAGCGGGAUACAAGACCGUGCCAAGCGUUCCCUAUGCCGACAAGAAUUCAAAUAUUCAUCGUGUACCUCCGGAAGCACUAUUGGGUCAUCUUGGUUCCAAGCAACCUGGUGCACCUACAGUGUGA